GAGCGGGCGCAGGCCUGCGCAGCCCACCGGGCGCGCGCGGCGGGGAAGCAGCGCCCAGGUGCCUCUGACGCCAGCAUGGAGCAAGUGCCUGGGGCCUCGGCCACCGCGGGCAGCCAGGACUGCUCCGCCCACUGGGUCCCAGGUAAGUCAGGCCAGCGUAGGGGUGUAGCCAACUCUGGGUUGCAGAGGGGUCACCCUGACCCACAUCUCCCACCAGGGCAAAAGCCCCAAAAGGCAGAGUGAGCUGCGACCGCCAGCCUGGGGACUUCUUUUAAAAUGACCCGAACGGACCCGCCGGACCUGUUGGUGUCGACCGUGUACCAGGACAUCAAGGUGGCGGCCCCCGGGCCCGCGUCGCGGCGCCCGCCAUGUGAGCGCCCCGUGCCCCCGCCCGCUGCGCCCGCGCCUUUCAACAAGCGCCACUGCCGCAGCUUCGACUUCCUGGAGGCGUUGGACGGGGCGGCCAUGGAGGCCCGCACGGAGCCGCCGCCCCCCGAGCCCGCCGCGCCGCGAGCCCGGCCCCGCGAUGGCGAGCCCCGGCGCCGCGCCCGCUCCAAGAGCGCGCCCCGCGCGACCCCGGGCCUGGCGCCCGCGCCCGCCUCGCCGCCGGUGCUGCCACGCCGAGGCCGGGAGGCUCAGCGGGCCGCGCGGGCGGAGGCAUCGCCGCAUCGGGAGCCCGCGUACCCGGCGCUGCGCGCACUCGCCAAUGAACUGCACCCCAUCAAGCUGCAGCCGCAGCGGGGCGGCCCUGGCCGCAUCGCGCCCCUCUGCGCCAACACGGGCCGCUGCGCGCUCCCCGAGCCGCCCGCGGGGCCUGCACCUCACGUCCGGUGCCGCCUGGACAUCAAGCCGGACGACGCGGUGCUGCAGCACACCGCCAGGGGCUCGCGGGCCUACGGGCCUGCGGAGACCAUGUCCUGGGCGCGCAGCGCUCCGCAGCUCCACGGCCUCACAGUGCCCGGGCCUCGGCACGUGGCGCUGUCGCGCACCCCCACCCCCAGUGACACGUACUGCGCAGACCCCCGAGCGCUGUACUGCGACGGUCCUCUGCCUGGGCCCCGGGACUAUACGGAGCGCCGAAGCCUGCCCUUCACCACGCCGCCCGGCCCCACCCAAUUCUUCUACACCGAGGAGCCUGAGGGCCACCCAGGCGGCUUUACUGCCAGCCCUGGGCCGCCCUUCGACAGCUACUACGCCAGGCCCUUCCCGUCGGAGGAGCCCCCCGUGCCCAGUCCACCGCGCGCUGGAGGCUACUAUGCGGGCGAAGUGCGCACUUUCCCAGUCCAGGAGCCGCCCUCCCGUUCCUACUACGGGGAGGCCGCUCGAGCCUAUGGCCCGCCUUACGGCCCGCCCUGUGGCCCCCGAUAUGUUCCCGAGGAAACCCGGUCCCACCCCGCUCUGCGCCCCUUCUACACAGAGGACUUUGGGCGGUACCGCGAUCGAGACGCCCUGGCUCGGACUUACCCACACCCGCGAGGCAGCCCCGCCUGGGGUGACUGGGGCCUGCGGCCGUACCGCACCCUGCAGGUGGUGCCUCCCCCGGACCCUGGCCCACUGCUCGCCUCCUGGCACGGCGGCACCGGCACCAGCCCGCCCCGGUUGGCCACCGACAGCCGCCACUACUCCCGCUCCUGGGACAACAUCCUGGCGCCAGGGCCGCGCAGGGAGGACCCCCUGGGCCGCGGCCGCAGCUACGAGAACCUGCUGGGGAGAGAGGCCCGGGAGCCGCGGGGCGCGUCCCCAGAAGGGCGGCGGCCGCCCGUCGUCGUGAACCUGUCCACCUCGCCCAGACGCUACGCCGCGCUGUCCCUGUCCGAGACGUCGCUGUCGGAGAAAGGCCGCGGGGGCGAGGGCGCCGGCCGCAACUGGUAUGUCACGCCUGAGAUCACCAUCACCGACAACGACCUGCGAGCCGGGGAGCGCCCGCCAGCCGGGGCCUGGGAGCCGCCGGGAGGGCGGCCGCGGCAGCCUCUGCCAGCCGCCCCGGAGGGGCCCGCCGCCGGCCGCCAGCGCAGCCUCGAGCAGCUCGACGAGCUCAUCACCGACCUGGUCAUCGACUCUCGGCCCCCGGCCGGGCAGGCCCCGGAGCCCGCGGCCGACGGGCUGGGCCGCCAGCUGCGCCGCCUGCUGGACUCCAGGCCCGCGGGCCCCGGCGCCCCCGCGCGGGCCGCGCGCUCGCCCCCCGCGUCGGCCGGCAGCGCCGAGGAGCCGGCCGGCCAGGGGCAGGCGGCCGACGCGUCCCCGGAGCCCAGCGCCGACGAGGACGACCUGAUGACGUGCUCCAACGCGCGCUGCCGGCGCACCGAGACCAUGUUCAACGCCUGCCUCUACUUCAAGUCGUGCCACAGCUGCUACACCUACUACUGCUCGCGCCUGUGCCGCCGCGAAGACUGGGACGCGCACAAGGCGCGCUGCGUGUACGGCCGCGUGGGCAGCGUGUGCCGCCACGUGCUCCAGUUCUGCCGCGACAGCGGCCCCGUGCACCGCGCCUUCUCGCGCAUCGCGCGCGUGGGCUUCCUGUCCCGCGGCCGCGGCGUGCUCUUCCUGGGCUUCCCGAGCCCGGGCUCCGCGGACAACUUCCUGCGCUUCGGCCUCGAGGGCCUGCUGCUGUCGCCCACCUACCUGUCGCUGCGCGAGCUGGCCACGCACGCCGCGCCCCUGGGCAGCUACGCGCGCGAGCUGGCCGCCGCCGGGCGCCUCUACGAGCCGGCCGAGUGCUUCCUGCUCAGCGUGUCGGUGGCCGUGGGCCCCGGCGCCGCGCCGCCCGGCCCCGCCGCCCGGCCCGCGCCCGCGCCGCGCAGCCCCGGGCCCACGGUGCGCAAGUUCGCCAAGGUGGCGCUGGCGGCCGGCAGCCCCGCCCGCCCGCCCCCGGCCCGCGGUCGCGAGCCCGACAUGGAGACGCUGAUCCUGACGCCGCCGCCCGGCACCGCAGGCCUGGACCAAGAGGGCGAGGCGGGCCGGCGCGCGCGCGAGGUGGCCUUCAUCCACAUCCAGCGCGAGCUGCGCCUGCGCGGCGUCUUCCUGCGCCACGAGUUCCCGCGCGUCUACGAACAGCUCUGCGAGUUCGUCGAGGCCAACCGGCGCUUCACGCCCACCACCAUCUACCCCACGGACCGGCGCACCGGCCGCCCCUUCAUGUGCAUGAUCAUGGCUGCCUCCGAGCCGCGCGCACUCGACUGGGUGGCCAGCGCCAACCUGCUGGACGACAUCAUGUGAGGUGCGGGGUCGCCCCCGGCCUCCGCCCAGCCCGCUCAGGCCCCGCCCAGUCCGCAUCGGGCCCGCCCCGGGCUCCGCCCAGCCCGCGCAAGCCCCGCCCACCCCACGUUGGGUCCACCCCGGGCUCCGCCCAGCCCGCCCAGGCCCCGCCCACUCCACGUAGGGCCCACCCCCGAGCUCUGAGCAGCCUACUCAGACACCGCCCGGUCCACCCCAGGGCCCACCCGGGGCCCCACGCAGCCCUCUCAGGGCCUGCGCAGCCCACCUAGGCUCCACUCUCGAGCUUUGCCUGCCCACCCAGACCCCGCCCAGCGCACCUGGAGCCCCGCCCCUCAGGCCUGGCCGCGCUCCGCAAGUCUUCCCCGUUCGCCACAAGCUCUGCCCAGGGCCCGCCUUUCACUACCCCCUCCUCCGGCCCCCCUCUUCCAGCCAGUCCUGGGGCCUCCUCGGAGGUCGGUCCUCAGCCGCUUGGUGCUCCCCGCUGGGAGGCGGGGUGGGCCUGAGGACCGCCCGACCCUGCCUUCACGCGGAGGGGUCACUACUGCAGACUCCACCGCGAAGGUCCGGUCAGUCCAUGUCCUGGCGGCCGCCAAGGCCUCCCUGCAGCUUCCCCAACCCUGGUCCGCCCUGUUGCCCAAACCUUUGUCCCGCGGCUUCAACGGUCCCACCUGCCUUCUGUGGUUUGGGGUGCAUCUUGCUCCGAGGCCUUACCUCUCUGGAGGACACCCUGAUCGCUCCCAGUGUGUUCGUGUCCAGAGAUGACAAGGCUGGAGGGGGCCCCAGCUAAAAGAGCACGGCUGGGCCCUGAGCCCGCACACUGGCGCGCUGCCCGCCCCCCGUCCUCUCCUCUCCAGCCGCCGGAACACGGGCCUGCAGGAGGGUUUGGGCCGGGCAGCAGUGGAGGGGUAGUGGGAGGUCUUCAACCAAGGCACGGGACACCCAGAGGCGACGGGGGCCUGGGCGGGGUGUGGGAGAGGACGUGGGGGUGGGCGCUGGCAGGAUCCGGCCCAGAGCCGAGAGCCGAGGAGUCCUGGCUGGGCGUGGGUCGGGCUGCCUGCCCACACCGGCAGCAGGCCCCUAGGUGGGUGCCGCCGGGGGGAGGGAAACAGACGCAGAGGAUGGGUAAGCAGAAGGAACCGUACCUGCCGUCCAGGGGGGCUCCUACCCACGCAAGACUGGACGUUCACAGUUGGGAAAGGGUGCUGGGGCGAGCUAACUGGCCAGGGCAGGGGACGACCGAGGUGUGGGGGCUUGACUGCAGGAACGUCCUUCGUGCCUUGCCCUACGCUGAGGCCACACACACCAGGCAGGUGGCCGGGCCCUGUUCCCGGGAGCGCGCACUCACUGGCCCGCGGCCCUGGCUCCGUAAGGACAGGACGAGAGGGGACUAGGCGGGCCCGGCCAGCGUCCUUCGGGGGCUCCCAGCACUCCCCAUCGGGGCCAGAAGACGCAUCAGUGGAACUGUGAACGUCCCGCACACCUCUGCUCCUGGCUCGCGCCCCGUGCUGUGCACCCUAGUCCAUCCCACAACGUCCGCGCGCCAACCUUGGCCUGGCGCGUCUGCAUCGGCCACGAGCCCCGCUCGCCCUACCCGCCCUCGCGGCCUCCCAAGUCCAGCCGCCACGCCCCCCGCCCUAGGGCCUCAGCUUUCCGCCCCGCGCCUGAGGGCCGGCUGGUCAGGAAUGAUCCUGGCUGGACUGGGGUUAUUUCCAGGGGGCGAACGCUUUCAAACCAAGUAAAACAGAACUCGAAUGUA